UGAUAGUUCACUCGUUAUAUUUAGGUUUCUUCAGACAUGAUCGUUUAAGAGCUCAAAAUUUUAAAUAUGGUCCAAGAUACAUUAGAAUAUAAUAACAUAUCUGAAGAGACACUAGGAUACAUGUAUUCUGGUACCUUUAAAUUUAAAAAUAAUGCUAUCUUAUUUAAAAACAACAAAACUGGCAAGAUAGAUCAAAUAUUUUGUACAGAUAUAUCUAUUGCAUCAUGGAUACAAUUAUCAAUAGGAUUAGGACUAAGAAUUAAAACAAAUAAUGGUAAUUUUCGUCGAUUUGGUGGAUUUUCUGAACAAGAUAAAGAUAAGAUUGCAAAGUUUUGUGAAUCCAACUAUAGUUUAAAUAUAGGUGAAGUCAAAUACUCAGUUAAAGGCCACAAUUGGGGAAAUCCACAUUUUGAUGGGUCGAUGCUCUCAUUAGAACUUCCCAACAAAAGUGGAGAUAUUAAUGAAACAGCUUUAGAAAUACCAUUAAACUAUGUAUCACGUUGUACUAGUGGCAAGAAUGAAAUAGCACUGGAGUUUCAUCAAAAUGAUGAUGCACCAGUUUCCCUUGUUGAAAUACGAUUUCAUAUUCCUUCAUCAGAAACAGAUCCUGAUCCAGUUAAGAAGACAUUUCACGAAAGAGUGAUGGAAAAGGCAAACGUCAUUCAAGUGGUCGGGGAUGCUAUAGCAAUUUUCACAGAAGCACAAUGCUUAACCCCCAGGGGACGAUAUGAUAUUAAGCUUUAUCCCACGUUCGCCCAAUUGCAUGGAAAAUCGUUUGAUUACAAAAUUCCUUAUUCUACAAUUCUCAGGCUUUUUGUUUUACCUCACAAAGAUCACAGACAAAUAUAUUUUGUGAUCAGUUUGGAUCCACCCAUCAAACAGGGACAAACGCGAUACCCCUUUUUGAUCCUACUCUUUGAAAAGGAUGAAGAGAUCACUAUGAAAUUAUCGUUGAAUGAGAAACAGAUUAAAGAAAAUUAUGAGGGGAAACUUUCACAAGAAAUGAGCGGCAAAACAUUCGAGAUUUUUAGCCGCUUGAUUAAAGCUCUCUCCGGUAACAAAAUUACCGUUCCGGGAAAUUUUAAAAGUCAUAACGGUAGUAGUUCCUGCAUAAGCUGUUCUUACAAAGCAGCCGCUGGUUACCUUUAUCCGCUAGAGCGCUGUUUCGUCUUUGUUCACAAGCCCCCUCUCGCUAUUAGAUUCGACGAAGUUGCUUCAGUCAAUUUCGCUAGAUCAUCGGGGAUGACAACUAAGACAUUUGAUUUCGAGAUCGCCACCAAGUCUGGAACUGACCAUGUGUUCAGCAAUAUUGCUAAAGAAGAGUAUUCGAGUCUUUACGAUUUCAUCAAGACUAAAAAUUUGAUCGUCCGAAACGUUGGUGGAAAAUUAUCUUCCUCCGACAAAGUUGCUCAAGAGAACGAUUUUGACGAUGACGAUGAACCAGACGAUCCUUACUUGAAUCGAGUCAAAGCCGAAGCUGACCAAGAAGAUGAAGAAUCUCAAGAUGAAGAUUUCGCUCCUACUGAGGAUAAUGAAGAUGUGGAUGAGGAGUACGAUAGUAACGCUCAAUCAUCCUCGGCCGAAUCCGUCACCUCGCAUGUAUCCGAUUCUCGGUCCAAGUCAAAGACCCCCAAUAAGGAUAAAAAAACUCAUAAAAAGAGUUCUAUCCCCGAUUCUCAUAAAAAGAUCAAAACGAUGGAACGAACCGUCAAUGAUAAUGUUCUAGAAGAUAGCGACGAAGAAAAAGACGUUAAGGUUGAGCUGCCUAAGGCAACACCAAACCCUACCAAAAAGGACUCUACCAAAAAGUCUUCUACCAGCGGAGGUGCUGCAUCUUCUAAGAAGAAUAAAGAAAAAACAACUUCCAAGAAAAAGAAGACUAACAAGGAUAAAGAUCCUGAUCUACCCAAAAGGCCUUUGUCCACCUAUUUCAUGUGGCUACAAGAAAAUCGCGAAAGGCUAAAGCGGGAGAACCCUAAAGCGUCGAUCAUUGAAAUAACUAAAAUUGGCGGAGAAGCGUGGAGAAAUAUAACGGAUAAAUCGAGAUGGGAAAAAUUGUCGCUGAAAGCAAAGGACGAAUAUAUUAUAGCCAUGAAAAAUUAUCAAGCAAAAAAAGCUAACUUGUCAUCUAAGACAACCGAUAACGUACAAACAAAAUCUAAAUCGAAAAGUGACGAUGAUGGCGACAAGAGCAGUGAUUUAUCAUCUUUAGAUGAUUGACAUUUCUGACAUUUUGGGUUUUAUCAAUCGUCGGGCCUACAGACAUUUUUUAUAUAUGAAAAAUUUAUCCUGGAUUAAUAAUAAUUUCAUUUUUCCUAUUUUUAGAAAUAAUGAUUUACAAAGAAAAAUAUUUGUGUAAUAUUAUGUUUAUUAU